CACCCAGUCUCAGCCAUUUGUUUCCAUGCGAAGACAUUAUUAAUCCGAUUCAACGAUGAAAGCAACAUCCUGUCUUCAAUGUCGAGAGGCCAAGAGGCGGUGUGUAAGACCGAGCAUUGAUUCGCCGUGCAACAACUGUCGGCGCAAGAACCUGGCCUGCUCCUCGCACAUCAGCUCACAAACUACAUCUGCACCCAAAGAAAACCACGAAUCACUCCCAGAGUUAACAGCGGAGCUAACUAUCGAGUUUGUUGAGUCUUAUCUGACGCAUCUUGACGGUCGACCUCACAGCAUCUUUCACCAAGAAACACUUCGAAAGCAAGUUCGCAAAAAAGAAAUUGGAGAUGCUUUGCUCUAUGCUAUAUGUGCUCUGGGAUCCAAGUUCUCGCCCAAGUCUGAGCAUCGCGCCUUGGAGAAUUCGUUGACGAAAGAGGCAAAGAGGCUGGUGCAGGCAGAUCUUGAGAAUGUGUGUAUUGAGAAUGUGCAGACGUGUAUCCUUUUAGCACUUCUUAGUGCUGGAAACUGCCAGACUUCUUCAGAGACACUGUUCCUCCGAAUUGCGAUUGGUAUGGCUGAGGUUCUCCAGCUUAACUCUUCUUGUGCGGAUGACCCAAGUAUCAUGACUGAGACAGCCCUUAGAACUUGGUGGUCACUCUACAUACUCGAUCGUUGGUGCUCCUCUGGUCUUGGCAUACCCCGGCACAUGGAUAACCCUCACUGCCCUGAUUCAUCUCCUCUGCCUAUUGACGAAACGUCCUUCAAACGCCUCAGACCUUCGUCCUUGCUCCAAAACUCCAGUCGAACUCCUGGUGUCUUUGCGCAUAUGGUGACCUUAAUCCAGCACUUUGGUCACAUUCAAGGCUUGAACCGCGCUUUGGCUAAGGGAGACAUGAAACCCACGGAUAAAUGCGAUGCCAUCAAACACAUCGGCCACCAGCUCGAAUCAUGGAGGGCCAACCUGCCAGAGAACAUGCAGAUGACGAUACAGAAUAUCUACAGCCACCAGCAGAACGAUCUAGGAGGGCAUUUCAUCGCUCUUCAUUUAGUAUUUCAUCAUCUCUCGGCACUAGUAUACUUCAACUCUCUCGAGACCAAAGAGCCAUCAUACCUUGGGCAAGGAGAUCACGUAGCGUUGUGCAAAUUUCACGCUUCGUCUUUCAGCAGUUUGUUACACACCUCACGACAGAUGAGUGGAUGUCAGCAGAACUACCCGACCGUUGGACACAUGACAACUGUAGCAUCCGCUGUCCUUUUACACACGCUUUUGCUGGGCGAGCCAGAAGAUAUCCCAAAAGCUCGACAAGAAUUGAACACGAACUUUGAAGCACUGAUAGAACUUCGACAAUACUGGCCAGCCACAGAAGCAAUGAUAAACAGAUUGAUGGCUUUUCAAAAGAUCUGUCUGUUGUCAACGGAAAGUCACAAGUUGGAUGGAUGGAUGGUAAGAUUUCUGCUGGAACAUUCUCUUGGGCUUCUGAAGAGGACAUUGCCGAUUAUCCCACAAGCCUUAGAUAUUGAGUCAGACAGUUUCGCGAUGAGGACAAGGGAACUUUCGCAAGAAGGUCGAUACACAAACUUUGACCUAUUCAACCAGCCGCGGAGUUUUUAAUCCGCCAAUAUCAUCAAUUCAACAAAACAAGUAUCUAUCUACAACCAACGAAAGACUAAGGCAUGAAUAGCCCACAAAUUAUUCCCGUCGCACGCAGCGAAUAAACCGCCAUUCGUCAAAGCUGAUAUGUAGCAAUACGUCAUUUUCCCAAACAACUCGUUGACCCUCUUAAAACACCGGAGAUUUUGAGGCAUUGAUCACCAACUAGCAUGUCUUGGCUCAGCCCGUGCUGUCUUGGCGCUUUGAUAUAACGGGAUAAACAAGGAGAAUGACAUGGCGAAGGAUUCCUUGGCCGAGCUGAACAGGUAAACCCCGGAAAUCGUGAUGAAGUCAUGUAAUUGGGGGCCAAAAUGUGAAGGGUAUUUAUCUCGCAAUUCGGGC